AUGUUCCAGGAAAAAUUGAAACAAAAGUUGUACGGGAUCGAUUCGGAACAUCAAACAAACAAACACAGCAAAAUACUGUUGAAUAAGCACAAAUCUGUGUUAGGUCAGGGCCUUAUAGAAGAGGGGUCGACCAGUCGGGAUUUGCACGCAUCGGUUCCUUCAAGAGCAUCAUCCGCAUCUCCGUCUUCCAUGAUACGCACGAAGACCAGUUCACCGGACGUUUUGGAUGAAGCCGAUGAGAAUACAAUUCGACCCACAACAGUGCUGCCUCACACCUUACAAAUUGAAUCGGCAUAUCGUCCAAAUGUGACCAAUUCUUCGACACAAAUCCAUUCAGUGCGAUCACCACACGAAGAGACAGAAGAAAAGCAUACAACUAUACCGCACUCAGCUCCAAGUGGGCAACCGGGACAAGCAGGAUCCAGUAAAGAUGCACAUAUAGAUUCUUUAAGUCUGUAUACAGACCAUUCCGGUGUAGACCAACUCAGUUCCGAAUCAGCACCCACGACAAGCAUAACAGAUACCGCCACAGCUAAACAACGAUUUUUCGAGGGUCAUUUUAGCGAUAGUGGCGGAUUGAAGACGAAAUCCGAGUCCCAGUCCGCAUCGGAACGUUCGCACCCAAACACAUCCACCCCGCUUAUGGCGAAACAGUUACCAGAAACCAAAGUGGAAUUUUUCUACAGUCUAACUGGUCAGUCCCCUUUUUCUCCUCCCCUUUCACCCACACUGCAUCCACCGUGCGCCAGUCUACCGACAGCAGUCACAUUACCCAGUUUUUACGAGUAUCCCAGUUCCAGUUUCAAAGAUGAACUGCAACAUCGAAUGGACCGACUACGCAUUAACGCACAGAACACUCAGUAA